AAACUCAGAAGACACGUGUAAUGAAAAGGGUCGCACUGAUGAGACGUCCAACAAGCUCAUAUAGGAGUGAUGGUCAAGCACUGAGAGCAGAUGAACACCGCAGUGCUGGGGAAUCCCAGAUGAGCGGCAGAGGCGUGAGCACGUUCAUUAAACAAAGGUCUGGAGUUUCUGGCCGCUGCGGCCUGCGGGAGCGUUCGUCUGUUCUGCUGAUGGAUGUGACCCUCGCAUGCUGACCGAAGUCAGUAUGUCCUACUGUGACUGGGUGUGCUGUAUGCAGCUGCUGGUGUACGUGCCAGUUUUGGUCCUGGGUAUUCCUCUGAACCUGGCGGCUCUGUGGAAACUGCUGAGCAUCCGGCACUGGCGUGAGUCCACAGUUUACCUUCUGAACCUCAUCAUCAACGACACGCUCCUGCUGCUGUCGCUCCCCUUCAAAAUCCAUGCCUACAACCGAAACUGGGAACUGGGCCGCCCCUUCUGCUCCCUACUGGAGAGUCUGGUGUACGUCAAUGUUUACGGAAGCAUCCUGCUGAGCGUGUGCAUCGCCGGCGACCGCUACGUGGCCCUGCGCUUCCCGUUCGCAGCGCGGCGCCUGCGCUCUCCGCUGAAGGCCGCUCUGAUCUGUUUGCUGAUCUGGACGUUGGUGUUCUCCUGCAGUUACCCGGUCUACAGCCUUAACCAUGACAACACGUCCUCCUCCUUCUGCUUCCAGAACUUCUCCAACCGCACCUGGGAGAACCGCUGGAUUGUGGUGUCCAUGGAGACGGUGUUUUGCUGCAGCACCGUCGUUAUGGUGUUCUGCUCCGUUCAGGUGGUGAGACUCCUGCGCGACCUUCGCAAGCGCAACCCAAACGACCCCAAACUGCGCAACAACAAGAGCGUGAAGAUCGUCCUCAGCAACCUGCUUGCCUUCCUCAUCUGCUUCAUCCCCUACCACAUAGCGGCCCUGCUGUACUUCCACUACAAGUCCAGCAGGGUGGGGUCAGAAUUCAUGCGUCAACUGCGAUAUUUCGUCCACAGCAGCCUGUGCGUGGGCAGCGUGAACUGCCUGGCCGACGGAGCCUGCUACUACUUCAUCCUGAAGGAGAACCUGCAUGCAGCGAAGCUGGAGCGCAGAGCCACCCUGCAGUCCACACAGAUACGGUAUAUAAACGUACAGUCACACAAUCAGAGCACACGGGUGACGGUCCGAGAGGCGUCUGAGGAGAGUAGAGACGCUCAGAUGUUAAAGAAUGGCUCUUUUAAUGACUCCAUCACAGGGAAGAACUGAUGGAUUUGAAAGGUCAAAAAGAGCUAAAGCUACUGAUACAUAUGACUAUAUAUAAGACUGAAAGGGUUAAUUAUGAAACAGACUCCAAAUCUCAGAGCAGCAGAGGCUUCAAUGUCAGGAGCCACAGCUACUCACUGACCCUCUGACGGUUUAACUGGAUUAUACUGCAGUUUUGACAGCGAUCAGUCAAAUUUACAAGGCCAGCCAGAGCGUCCGGCUCUCCUACUCUUCCUUUUGUAAUUGAGGAUCACGAUCUGAGGAUAUUUCUGCAUGGACAGAACAGCAAGACAGCAGCUGACCCUGAUUCAGUUUCUAUGGCAACUCUGAAUGGUGCUCAUAAGUGCGGCCCUGUACAGCCUGUUUUAAGGCUGCUGUCAAAAUUCUCCUGAAACCAGCCACCGCAUACCUUUCUGUGAAAAUAAAACCUCAGAAUGCACAACAUGCAAACAUCCAUCCAAAGCCGUCACUCUGGAUCUCUCACCAGUCUGCAUUUAGCACUAACAGAGCAACUAACUAACGCUGCUGUGUCUCUCGGCCGUCUCUCUGAAGCCUGUGUGUUCAUGCAUAAUAAUAAUAAUAAUAAUAAUAAUAAUAAUUUUGAUUUACAGAGCACUUUUUAUGCUGGUGGCAGCUCAAAGUGCUUUACAGACAGAUGAUAAAGCUUAUGAGUUAUACAAGAAAUUAUUGAUUGAAAGUAUCAAGAAUCAUAAGACAAUAACACAGAUCAGAUUAGAAAAUAAACACCACGAGCUGUAGAAUUUUACUGAAGCGCUGAGUUAAAGAGCUGCGCUUUCAGGUGUUUAUUAAAAGUGAGCUCUGAGCUCGACUGUCUAAUAAAAGCUGAACUGAGCUCCACAGUUUAGACACACUUUAAAACUGAAAGUCAGCCAUGUAAAAUCUCUUCAGGGAGGUGUUUAGGUGGAAAGUGAAGACUGUCGCACACCAGAUGCGCUGUGUAGCAUCGUGUAGCAGAGCUGCUAUAGCGUGUUUACAAAAAACACCAGGUUCAGUUUCAUUUUUACACUCUACUCAUAUAAACUUAGUGAAAUAAAGUGUCCAGCGUCUCCUCACAGUCAGUAUCAGCUGACUGCCUCUACACAGGCCGGCUGUUUUUGAGCUGAAAUAUACGAGCUGUAAAUGGUUAGGUUAGUAACGUUAGCUGAGCUAGCUUACCAUUGGCAUCUGUCUGUGUAUCCAAAACAGCGGCUCUGUGUACACUUAAAGCCACAAGUCAUCUACUGUGUCUUUCUGUGGCCUCAAUACGGCCUUAGUUUACUGUAGUGACAGCUAAAUGCUGCGUGAGGCGCUGAGAAACCAAACAGAGCUCAGUGUCGUGAAGUGUCGACGCGCCGUAUCUGCGCUGGUGUGUGUGUCACCAUCAAAAAUUUUGAAUAUGAAGACGCUGUGCGAUGCGACACGGUGCAUCUGGUGUGAGACGGCCUUUAAACCUACAGUUGAUGUUUCACCACUUUAGUAUUUAUUUCAAAAUUUACAUUUAAAUUUACUGAUUAAAAUUUGCUCCUUCAGCAUUUCAGUCAAUCAACCUUUAUUUCAACUCAGAAGUGCAUUGAGGGUGACUCUCAUUUACAGGGUAGCCAAGCAAAUUACACAGGGACUAAAAUUUAUCAACUAAAACGAAUGAAAAUCAGUACGACAAGAAGAUUAAUAAAGAUAAGAUUAAAAAUAACAGUUCAAAUAAGAAAAAGGUAUGGGAUAGCAAUAAAAUAUAUAAAGAAAACAUAUUAAAAGUAAAAGAUAACAAGCAAAAACUAAAAAUCUUACAAAUAAAAUGAUUUAUUAGAGUAGAACGGCAGAAGAAUUGACAUUUUAUAAAACAGCUGCAAAAAACAGUGAGAUAAAAUAAAAUAAUAAAAUUAAAUAAUAAGGAGAAGGAAAAGUGAAACUCAGCUAAACAGCUCCAGGCUGUCUGAAGGUGAGCAGAGACUAAAA